CCCUUCGCAGGUUCAGUUCUGGAGUCCGGCCGCCGCGCGCUCAGUCCUGCCCGCACCUUCUUCCCUCUGUUCCGCGGCUUCAGCGAGAGGCAGCGCAGCUGCGGGGCACCAACGGCGGACGAGCCUGGAGACCGAGGCCUCGGGCGCCUUCACGCUGUCUGGGAGCGGAUAAUGCUGUGAGGAGGCGCUGCGCUGGCCCACCCGGCUGGAUCUGAGCGUAGCCCGCAGGGACUGCGCGCGCCCUCGGAGGCGUAGGUGCGGGGCGCCGGGUCCCGGGGCAACGACUGCGAUCCUCGGGGGUGCUGGUUUGUCCAUGUUGUGGAAGGGAUUAGAUGUCGUAACCGGCUCUCCAGAAAACCCACUUGGCUCUAACUUCAGGAAGGUCUCUCUGACCAUCUCACUUCAGACCCACUUCUGAAGCUACUUGAGAAAAAUGGUGUGACAGUUCCUAUCAAAAAGGAUUGUCAGGAACAUACAAACUCUGUGAAAAAAAGUGGCCUUUUUUCCCUCUUUCAAAAGAGACAUUCUCAAAUUCCAAAAUGCCAGCCAAGACCCCAAUUUACCUGAAAGCUGCCAAUAACAAGAAAGGAAAGAAAUUUAAACUGAGGGAUAUUUUGUCUCCCGACAUGAUCAGCCCUCCCCUUGGAGACUUUCGCCACACCAUUCACAUCGGCAAAGAGGGCCAGCACGACGUCUUUGGAGAUAUUUCCUUUCUUCAAGGGAACUAUGAGCUUUUACCUGGAAACCAGGAGAAAGCGCGCCUGGGUCAGUUUCCUGGGCAUAACGAGUUCUUCCGGGCCAACAGCACCUCCGACUCUGUGUUCACAGAAACGCCCUCACCUGUGCUCAAAAACGCCAUCUCCCUCCCCACUAUCGGAGGGUCCCAAGCACUCAUGUUGCCCUUAUUGUCACCGGUGACAUUUAGUUCCAAACAGGAGUCCUUUGGGCCAGCAAAGCUGCCCAGGCUUAGCUGUGAGCCCGUCAUGGAGGAAAAGGCUCCAGAGAAAAGCAGUCUGUUGGAGAACGGAACGGUCCACCAGGGGGACGUCUCAUGGGGCUCCAGCGGGUCGGCGUCCCAGUCCAGCCAGGGCAGGGGCAGCCACUCCUCCAGCCUCUCCGAACAGUACCCCGACUGGCCGGCGGAGGACAUGUUUGACCAUCCCGUCCCGUGCGAGCUUGUCAAGGAAAAGACUAAAUCAGAGGAGUCCCUCUCUGAUCUCACGGGCUCCCUCCUCUCCCUGCAGCUGGAUCUUGGGCCCUCAUUUCUGGAUGAGGUGCUGAAUGUCAUGGAUAAAAACAAGUAACAGGAUGUCUCCAGCAAUUUUCCUUUGGAGAUAAAAGGUGUCCAAAAAGAAAAAGAAAGAAAGAAAGAAAGAAAAGAAAAGAACCACAGUUGAAGAGAAGAGCUUCACUGGCUAUAUUUGCAGCUGUGCAAUGGGUUUUCUAAAAUAAUGUUCCUACAAAAUAUUUUUUUACCUGCUAUGCCCUGUGUGCAAAGACAGUGUAAAAAAACAAACAAACAAAAAAAACACCCUGUCCUGGAAAAAAGAGGAAGUGAGUUGGUCAGAACCCAUUUCAACAGGCAUGGCUGAUGUUCAGCUCACAUUUUUUGUUUGUAGACACGUAAGGAAUUUGGCUCGGCCAGGAUGGGCACUAGCGACAAAGGGCUGUACAAAUCACAUUGAGGAACUUUGCAAUAUUCCGGCAUUUUCUGAGCAAGAGGAAGUCAAAACUUAUUUAACACCUAAGCCUUUUUUCUAGACUCUUUUCUAUAUUGUUUGGAUUCACCAUAGCAAAUUCUUCAGUGUUAAAACUUUUCUCUGUUUUCACAUUUGAACAAGUUUAUGGGUUUGGGGGAUUUUCUUGUAGCUCUUAUAUACCCCUAUAUAUUAUAUCGAUAUUGCAAAAAUUUGCCUGUCAGCUACAUGUUGGUUAAGACACAAGCAAAGUAUUACUGUAACUAAGUUAUUUUUAAAGUUAAAAUAUAUUUUUAUGUGCCUUUGGCUUUUUAUUGCAGAGUCUACAUUUUAUAGAUAUUACAUCGAAUGUUGUCAUUUGACUUGUUUCCAUUGUAAGCCGUAUAUGUGUAUGUUUGGAAACGUGUAUUCAUACUUAGCUUUAUUUUCUUUUCUCUUCAUCUGUUCUGCUUUUCACAGCAGCCAACAAUGGAUUGUAAAGUAUAAAGGCACAUGUUACUCAUGAUGCUUCUGCAGAGACUGUGGGCUACACCACGUAAUUCUUCUUUGGAAAUAUGGGUAUUUUAGUACAGUACAUACUUGCAUUACAUAGGUAUUUCAUACAACACAAUAAAGAGUAAAUGUUAAAGUGAA